AAUCAUCACAUGUUUUCUGCAGAGAUACUUCUGUGAAAGUGGCUGGGUCAAGGAAGAAGGUUUGAAGCCAGGCUCAGAGACAGAGACGUACGGCUACAAGGCUUUCUCUGGGGAGGGGUUUGUCAUGCAAUGUACUAAGCCACAGUCCGCCGGUCUCUGUGAGCGCCUCUACAACAUCACAGCCAGCUCUGAGGAAGCUGAUUGGUCGGGGGCUGAGGGGGAAACCAAUAGAGACAGAGAUUUCCUCCGAGACGACGGGGCUGUGAGAGGACGGGGGAACGCGCUCUGGUUCUCUACCGUUACUGCAAAUGACUCUGGGAAGUACGCAUGCCACACAGGAGUUGCAUUGCCUAAAAUGAAUCACUCCGGGCCUGAGAAGCGCGAGCAGAUGUUCGUGCUCGACUGCAUCGCCGUCAGUUCGGUUGCGCUCGGAUACGAACACAUGCGCCCCCGGCUCUGGUCGGUGCUCCCCCAGUACGACGCACGCAACGACCCCCACGCUGCGCGCUACACGACCAUCCCGUCCGUGCAGAGGGUCCUGCAGAAGACCAUCCCGUCCGUGCAGAGGGUCCUGCAGAAGACCAUCCCGUCGGUGCAGAGGGUCCCGCAGAAGACCGAGAACAAGGAACCGAAGAGCGCCGCUGCCCAAAAGUCCCUAGAACUGAGGAACACUUCCGGAGCAGGUCAUUCCCGAGAGCAGGUGAGCAACCACAGUGGUCUCAUGUUGGACAUCAAGCCGCUGAUAGGCUACAACGGGCGGUUUGGGUUUCGGCGCAACACGCCCAACCUCCGGCGGAACCCGUCCAGCUUCGGAGAGGUGACCACGUUCCAACUCUAUUGAGUCCAACGGCCGAAAAGGCAUCAUCAUCAUGUGAAGUUCCAAUGAGCAAAAAUAAAUGCGUCCACAGAAUGCCA